CAUUAUCAUGAAUCUGAAUAGAACUUAAAACAAAAAAAAAAAGGAAGAAAAAAUUUUGUAUAUAAGUUAUAAUGUUAAUUAAAUGGAAAGCCAAGCGAAAUUACAAUAAAAAUUGUAGUGAAAACCAAUCAUGGUUUAAUAAUUUCAUUGCAAUAAAUAAAUUAAAAUUAUUCACCAAAAUGAAUUGAUAUCAAGGGAAGAGAAGUAAAAAUAUACAUAAAGGCAAAGGCAAAGGCAAAGGCAAAAAGAGUACAGUGUACAACAGUGCUUUAGUAAAUAAUAACGACAACAUUAAUCAGCAAAAAGGUAACCAACACAAGAGUAAGAUAUUUUGUAAGAAAUCUCUUAAAGAAAGCAGUAACAUCAGCAAGAAUCGAGGCAAUGUUCUAUAGACGUAGAGAUUUGGUAGUUUUAUUGUUACUUGUUGUGCUGCCAUUUGUCACUAAUGAACUAUGGACUAAGGCGAAAAUAAAAGUUCAUGCGAAUACCAUACGACCGUUUCUCCAUAUUGAAAGGCCAAACAUCACAAGACUGAUUAUUACACAACCACGCCUACCGCACUAUCUCUCAUGUAAUGCUACUAUAGAACCAUCCUACUACCACAGUGAUACUAAAUAUUAUUAUACGUGGUUUCGUAAUGACAAUAUAUUACCCAGAAAUGAUUUCAUACUUUAUCGCAAUGGCACAUUGCGUUUACCACCUAAAGAAAAAGCGAGCGGCAGCUAUCGUUGCAAGAUCAACGCUGAUACUACUGCUCUUAUAUCGGAAAGCAUUACAGUCGAAUAUCCAGUUUUACGAAAGCUACGAUCGAAUGUUAAUUAUACGACUGCCGUGGGUAAUACCCUGACAUUAAAUUGUCCUAUUCAAAGUAUACCGCCUGCCAAUGUAAGCUGGUAUUAUGGAAAUGUAUCGUUAUCGAAAAUUUUCAAUGAUAACAGCUAUUUAAUUUUAUCUAAUGGCAGUUUAGUUUUAAGAAAUCCUAAAUUAAUAGACGCUGGCAAAUAUAAAUGUUUGGCACAUAAUUCAUAUACUUUAAAGACUCACCAUCGUCAAUUUGUGUUCUCGUUGAGUGUAAUCAAUGCUCCAACGUCGAAGAGCAAAACAAUGGAUCAACUAGUACCGCCUUUACAAGCUGCCACACUCAAUGUGCCAUUAAAUGGUGAUUUGAAUUUAAGUUGUUGCGCUAUAAUGGAAGAUGUGGCCAUAGAAUGGUGGUUUCAACGCAAUGCAAAGUCCCCUUUGGUCAAAUUAACCAACAACAGCCGAGAGUAUCAUAUACGUUCUAGCAUAGAAGAGUACGAAGGAUACUAUACAUGUUCCACCACUUCAGAUAAACAGACUUUUCAUGUUAUUGUUACCAAAAUACCGAUAAUAUUGGAAGAGUUGCCUGUCGAUGAGGCGAAUAUAGCUUCAUCGAAAACAUUUCGUUGUUUGGCCACCGGUAAUCCCCGACCGGUAAUUACUUGGUAUCAUAAUGGGGAGCCAUUCAACAGUUCCUAUACGCGUUACAUCAACGCCAACGAGUUGUAUAUACCCUCCUUCGAUCCCGAUGAAAGUGGCAUCUAUCAGUGUUUUGCCCGUAACAUAGCCGGUGAAGUUUAUUCGUCAGGUGAACUUCGUUUACGCAAUCAGAGUGAAGUUAUACCAAAUCCUUUAAAAAAUAUUAAAUGUUAUCCUCAUACAUUUAAUUCUAUAAAUGUGACAUUUGAAAAUCAAGCAGCAGUGUCUUUAUUUGUAGUUCACAUUGGCCUUAAGAAGCCAUUUCGUUGGAUAUCGCCCUUUCCGCCUAUGAAACUAAAUGCCUCGUACGUGAUAAUUUACAAACACUUACCCUAUAUUAGACCCUUUGAAAUUGUGACCAGAGUAUUAAUACCUACCUCGGAUAUACGAAUGGGUAACAAACAACAACAACAAACUAUCUUAAGCACAUUGCGCAGCCUGCCUGUUACAUGCUGUACUCAAGGUUUACCACCACGAUUUGUACAUAUCGCUAAUGAUACGUUCGUUACAUGGUCGGUAACUGACUUGUCCACCAAAAAGUAUUUUAUUAUACAAUUUUCCAUUAAUCAUACCUCACCGAAUCCAGACGUUUUGCUUACUCAACAAUUAAGCGGGACAAUGCAACAUGUUAAUCUAACCCAAGAGGACAUCAAUCACAAAUUGCGUUCGAUUGCAACAUUAAAUCUAACGGAAACGAAAAGGAUUCUAAAGAACGCGGUAAGCAAUUACAGUGAUAAUGAGGUUAGUAACAAUAAUUCGGAGACAAUGGAUGAUGUCUUCAGUUUGGUUGUGCCAGCCAAUGUUACGGGUAUUAUGUUAAGAAAUUUUACACGUUUAAAAGUGCGUGUAUUGGUUAUAACCGUCGAUAAUGAACAUAUGGCUCAGGAUUUCCGCUAUGUAGAAUGGAGAACAGUAAGCCUUGAAAACGACACGGGAAUAGUGUUAACCGCUCCUUAUCGUUUGACUAUGGUAGAGUCUCGGAUGUUACGUUUUCAUUUCGAUGAUAGCUUUAUGGAGCAUUGCGUUUUAGUAUGUUAUCUGCAAAUACAUUAUCCAAGGUUGUUGAGAGAGGAACGUAAAUGUGAACAACGGCCAGUCGAUCAAUCGCAAUUGGAAAUACGUACCUUAAAGCCCACCACACAUUAUAGUUUGCAUUUUUCCAGUUGCGAUACUAACAUAUUUUAUGGGCAAUUGGAUGUCAUCACUUUGCCUGAUCCUCCCGGCCCGAUUAGUAAUCAACGUGUCACUCGUCAUAAUGGGCUGAAAUUAAGCUGGGAUCCCCCUUUGCAGCCUAACGGCAAAGUUCACCAUUACAAUAUAUUAUGGACUUUGGGUAACGUGACACAUGAAGCUAAUGUUUUUGAAUGUAGCAUAUGUUAUUAUAAGUUUCCAAACAUUUCCGAAUCGGCAAAAAUCAAUGUAUCUGUUCGAGUAGUGGGAGAAACAGGAGUAGGAGCUCCGAUUUUCAUUGAUUUACGCAACAUCAAUCACCGUUCUUUGGAAAUAGAAAAUUCCGGUUCGAAUUCAGAACUUUAUAGCGGUGUAGCUAUUGGUUCCUUGCUAUCGGCCUUAUGCAUUUUCGCUUUUGCUAUUUUAAUAAUGGUGCAGCGUAAACGGUUUAAAGCACGUCAACAAGGUCCCACACACUUAAGCACUUCAACAGAUAUAAAUUUUGGAAAUUUAAGCAAUUCUGGCUUACCAGUAGGUAGCGCUGGAGGCCUCAGCACCAGUACCAUGCCGCCAGAUUGCCAUGAAAUGCAAACUCUAAUACCGAGAAUAGCCGGUAGGCAUACUGAUUUUCUCGGGGAGCGACCUUUAGAAUAUCAAACUACUCAAUUGCCUAACGGUCAUGGUGGUACAUUUCGUGCUAGUGCCUGCAUUGCACAACCCAACACAACCAUGUUAAGUGAAUUUGAUGUUAUAGGGGAACAUAAUCUGUCAGUAGUGCCCUUAUGUAAAACUAGUCCUCAGCGCAGAAUAAAAUCUUCGAGCAGCGGACACGAUAUAAAUAAUAAACCAUUUUUUAUACCAUUUAAAAAUACGCCCCCCAAUGUUGUGGCCAUAUCGCAUAAUCAAAGUUCCUCAUCUGUUGCCAAUGUACCACCAAGCUCAUUGCCUUUGACGGCUAGUCCUUUGGAAGUGGCCGCCAAUAGUAUUGGUGCACGUCGCAGCAGUAGUUUAAGUAGUGCUAGUAACGGCAACAAUGCCAUUUCCCUUAAAACCAAACAGUUCCAUACCAAUUUCCCUAAACAUACCAAAUCAAUUGAUGGCAUUUGCUUGCUGGCCGAAGAAGAAUCUGCGUCUACUAUUACUCCUACAUCUGACAAUGAAAAUAAUGCUGAAUUAAUAACCAAUGGAUUCAAAGCCAAAGAAGAAAAAUCUCUUCAAAGUCAGGCAGAUGAGAAACCAACCGUCUCUAAGACUAUACAGAAAAAAUCAAAUCAACAAAAAGCGAAUAAUAACAAUUCAAAGCAAAAAAGAUCUACGUGCGUACUAACAGCGUUUAAAAUUCCCGUAAGUGCAACAGCAAAUGCAGUAAUAGCAGCAACAGACGCCCAGCAUGCAAAUACUUUAGUUCCUACAUUUGGAUCCACCAAUAACAAAUGCGUAUCGAAUACGCCUAAUAAUUGUUUCUCAGGUAAGGUAAAAACAACAGCAACAAACACUGCCACAUCAAAAGCUACAGGCUUAACAUUACAAGACACGAAUUACCGACAGCCAAAUAUGGAUCCAAAUGGGUGAACUCUGUUUUCCUCAGUAUUCCCGCAAUUACUUCCAAUGACCUUCAAACCUCAUUCCAGAAUAGAAUCUAAUGACAACAGUUAACCGAUUCAUAAAAAAAAAAAUAAAUAAAUCAACUAAACAUUCCAGAGAAUUUAUAAACAAAAAGCAAAAAAAAAAUAUAGGAUAAAAUAUGCAGAAUUUUAGCUACAUAUGUACGUACAUUUUAUAAAUGUUUUUACAUAAGAUCUUUCUCUUUCCAGUUUUCAUUUGUUCAACAGAAUAUAGUAUUAAAUAUUUUUUUGCUUUUUUACUUAUUCUUAUACUAAUUUACAAUUUUUCAUUUAAAGUGAAAGCCACGAAAGACAACAUUUUUCAUUAAGGGCGCCUCUCAUCGAAACCCUUUUUGAAUAACCACAUUUUCUUGGUAACUUAUAUGUACAUAUAUAUGAAAGGUGCUUAAUUCAUCCAAUUUGUCCAAAAUAAGUCUCACAUCUCUCGCAGACAUGUGACAUGUUUUCUAGUAUCUGAAAGAGGCACACAUAAAACGGGAAAAUAUGAAAGGUAUCUCUAUCUCCAGUCUAGAGGUAGUCUCGUUCCUUGCACUUUGCCGGCAUUAAAAUAUUAUGAAGUGCAUAAAUCGAAAAUAAUAUCUUUUUUAAGACAUUCAGCUGAUCUUAACGGUUUUCAAGUGGCCGGGAUAAAACACAACUUUUGUUAAAAAAAAAAAAAGUCUUUGCACCCACUAGCGAACAUUAUCGAGUAGAGUGUGCCUGCUCAAGAAUAAAUGAGAUAUUUUGACAACAGAAAAACUAAAAAAAAAAAAAACUAAACUUUGUGAUAUAAUCUUAAAAAAAAAAAAAAGGCAAACGAAAGAGAGGUUCCCCUGUGGAAAAGUUCUAUAUUCAUAAAAAAGUUAAGCGAUGAAAGAACGCAAUCGUUUAAAUUUUCGACAAUUCGAUAUUAAUUAAGAUCUCCCGCUUCUGGGUCCUCUUUUCUUUCGAGAAAAAAAAAAAAAAAAAAAAAU